AUGGAGACCAUAUCAGCUACCCCAUCAAUCAUCACUGCAGCUGUUGCAACCAGGCCAUUACCCAGGCUUGAGUCCCCGGUUGCCAUUGGUAAGUUUAUAUGGGCUGCCAAGGAUGGCAAAGAGAGGGAAGUGAUGUGUUCAGCGGAGGAGAAGGGUUGUGGUGAGGGCAAAGGGUCGGGCAUGGGGAUGAGUGCAUCGUUGCUGGCAGCAGCAUGUGCGGCUACCAUGUCGAGCCCGCGGGCCAUGGCUCUGGUGGACGAGAGAAUGUCGACCGAUUUUAGCAACAAUAUUCUUGGGUGGAUACUGUUUGGAGCAUUCGGCUUGAUUUGGGCUCUUUACUUUGUUUACACUUCCUCCCUUGAGAUGAGGAGUCUGGAUUGUCCCUCUAGCCUUAGCCCAAUCGAUUUCCUUUCGGUCUUGUUCAUUGCACACGUAUAUCUAUAUCAUGUUUGA